GGCCCCUGGUGCAUGUUUGGACAAUGCGAUUUGAGGCCAAACACCGUUUUUUUAAACGAGUGGUGCAUGACGCUCAAAACUUCAAAAAUAUUUUGAAGACAAUGGCAGUCAGACACCAACACAUGAUGGCAUACCAUCUUGCUGCCCCUUCAUUUUUCAACCCUGAAACACAAGCGUCCAGUGUUGACUCUGUUCUGGUUUCAGCUCUACCAGAAGUAGCUCAGCUACACAUCAGAAGACUAACAACUAGUGACACAAUAUACCAGACAUCAAAGGUUACCAUCAAUGGCACAGACUAUGUCUGUGGAAUGUUUUUGUCUGUCGGAGAGAGUGGUGGACUACCUAGGUUUUGCAGAGUAGAACACAUUUACCUUGUCAAUAGCACCAUUUCAUUCCUUUGUUCUGAUUGUGAGUCCUGGUUUUCAGAACAUCUUGGAUCCUAUGAGCUCUCACCUUCACAGACAAGUCUGUCAAUCCACCUAAGGUCUGACUUAAACGAUUCAGUCCCUCUCUCUGCAUACGAGGUAGAAGGCUCGCUUCUGUUGACACCCAAGAGAUUCAUACAAAUAAAACAAGCCAGUGCAUAAUGGCAGCUUUAUCUCCACAAGCCAUGAUCCUUCGUGUUGUUGAGCCAGACCGGGCUAGAAAAUUAAAACUUAGUUCACGACCAGCCUCUGUUGAUGCACUGAUUGCUGUUAUAAAAGAACAGCUGGAAAUAGACCUUGACUUCAGUUUAAAAUAUGAAGACCCUGACUUUGAUGGAAAACUUACUUCCCUCUCUGACAUUGAUGAGUUGCCACAGAAAGCUGUUGUGCAUGUGUCAUUUGAGCAAGAUUCCAGCUCUGUUGCAUCAACAGAAACAAUGUCAAGUGUAUCAUCCUCAGAACGUGGGAGAAGAUGGCCUUCACAUAUUUUUCCAAUUCCCACAUUUUCUUUUGACGUUGAACUGAGACUUCGGGAAGGUAAUGCUGAAUUUGAGAAGAACAACAAGCAACUUCAGUUAACUAGAGACAUAAAACAUGACAUUUUAGAAAAGCUAGCAUCUGUGAUGUAUGGCUACAAGGCUUAUCCCAGUGAUAAGGAGAUAGCAAUGGUAGCUGAGGCUCUUGUGGUAAAACAUCCUUGCUUGAAAGAAGCAGGAUCUCAGACUGGCUGGAAUGGGUGGAAAAAUAGCCUCAAAUUUAAGAUGGGGAACUAUAGGAGCAAGAUGAGAAGGGCUGGAUGUCCAGAGAUCACUGUAAAUGCUGGAAAAAGGAGUGCAAUGAAUCCUGACAAUGAAUCUUCACAUUCAAAUAUUAAAAGACCCAAACGAGCAGAAGUAAACUUUUUGCCCAACUUUCCCCAAGGAGAAAAUCCCUCAACUCUUGAACAGUUGAGACAGAAAAUUGUUGAUGAAAUGAAGAAAGCUGAGAAGAACUUACCACUUAUAAAAAAGAUGAUGCAAACCACCUUUGCUCUGCGGCGACAGACCAUAGUGAAGACAUGCCCACCAGUAAAAGAGCUCAUGGAACUCUGGCCUGCACUCAAAAUGGAAUCUGAGGUGUAUGCAGAGUUCCAACGGAUUACAAACGAGAACCUGCCCAACACAUUCUACUCUGAGCUUGACCGACAUCUUCCUAGACUGAUGACCCUGUUCAGACAGAAAGCAUCCAGAACCGGGAAGACAUCAGAUACUUUAACUGAAAUCCUAAGAAUCCAUGAUGACCAGGAGUUUCAUGACAUACACACCAAACGUGUCACUGUUCUUCAUGCGCUUCCUGUGUAUCUACGUGAGGACGUCUCUGGGUUUUUAAGGACCUGCAUGGACACAUCUGAUGAGCCAGAGCUUUUAGAUGUUGCAGUGGCCCUCCUCACAGUCAUCAAAGAUAAUGACACAAGUCCAGUUCACUUCCAGCCUGUGAAAAUCUCUGUUGUCAUCGAAAGUGAGAUUGUGGGCAGCCUCUCCAGAUUUGCUGAUGCCUUCCUGGUAAUGUUUGGACUAAUCUAUGCACUACACCUCAACUAUCCCAGGGGACUGACCAACACUUUUGAAUUCAUUCAAAAGAUUUUGCUUGGUCUUGAUGAGGGUAAACUGUCACCCAAGUUACAGAGUCUCAAAAAUGACUUGAUGUGUAUGUAGAAAUGUAUUGGAAAAAUUACUAAGGCCUGGCAGUUCCUCAGUAGUUCAAUGUAAAAACAAUUUGUGAAAAUAAUGGUUGAAAGGUUUUUGCACUUUUUUCCCCCAAAAUGUGCACAGUGUGCAUUUAUUAAUGUGCAGUUUUCAUUUCUAAAUGUUAUUUGUGAUUUUAAAACAGCUCUUGUUCUUUACAAUUGUUAAGUACAGCUGGGUAGUACUUGGUAACAAUGCAUGUAAUUUAGUUUUAAAUGGUUCAUGUUUUUGUAAAAGUUCAUGCAGGUUUGUGAAUUUGUAAUGUCAGAGAUGUGGUCUUAAUCAGUUUUUCAGGUUUUAUCAUAGUGCACCUUUUUUCUGUCUUUUAAAUGAAGUGUUAAAUAGGAAAGGACAAGAACUCAGCACACUGUAAUUUUAAACUGUUUAAGUUUGUUGAACUUAAAAUAUUUGAGGCAACGAGUUACAUCAAAAAAAUUAGUUUUGAUUCAUAUGAUUUUGAGUCUUGUGUUUUAAAAGGUUUGAGUAACUUGUACUUAAAACACAAAGACAAAGAUACUAAUAAAUAAUGAGUUCAUUCAACUUAAAA